CUUGAAACCACAAGCUCAGCUCAAAGCAGGCCCCUGGGAAGGAGUCCCUCCUCCUCCUGCUAGUGUUCCAGAACACAACCCUUCCACCCCUCUUGCGCGUGUGCUUGCAGGUUGGUACCCCUGCCUGUACAGUCAGGGUGACCUCUCUCUCCCGGCCAUGCCUGGCACAAUUCCCGUGCCCUGGCAGGGGUAUACGAAUAAUUGAUUAUUAUUUAUAGCAUCAAAACAAAUUCCAGCUAAAGCAACAAAACCCAGCAGGUGGAAUGAUGGGAGCAAAGAUGGGCUGUUUCAGUUUCCUCAAGGUUAUGAUGAUCUUGUUCAACCUGGCCAUAUUUCUUGGCGGAGGGACGCUCCUGGGUGUCGGGAUCUGGGUCGCCGUGGACGGGAGCUCGUUCUCCAACAUAUUUGGCUCGGCCAGCGCCUUGCAGUUUGUGAACGUGAGCUACUUCCUCAUCGUCAUCGGCGCCAUCCUGGUGGUGCUUGGCUUCCUGGGAUGCUGCGGGGCCCAGAAAGAGAGCAAAUGCCUCCUGAUCAUGUUCUUCUCGAUCGUGCUGAUCAUCUUCAUUGCUGAGAUUGCUGCUGCGGUGGUGGCGCUGGUCUACACGUCUAUCGCGGAGAACAUCCUGGAAACAACGGUGACUCCGACGCUGAAGAAUCAGUACGGGAAGGUUCCUGAAGUCACACAGAUCUGGAACACCACCAUGAGUGAGGUGAAAUGCUGCGGCUUGACGAACUUCACGGACUUCACUGACUCUUACUACUACAAGGAACACAACAACACGUACCCACCGUUCUGCUGCACGCCCGUCAACACCUCGUGCAGCGCGACAGCUGCACACAGCAGCAACGUCCAGGGUUGCUUCCAUCAGCUGCUGAGCGAGAUUCGCAAGAACGCGGGCGUGGUGGGGGGCGUGGCGGCAGGGAUCUGUGCGUUAGAGAUUGCAGCCAUGGUCGUAUCCAUGUACCUGUACUGCCAGCUGGAUAAGAAGUGAGGCCUGGAGAAGGCGGCGGGUCCUUUUCCCCUGGGCAGAAGAGGACGAACGAUACAUUCUUGCCUCUAUCUUGAGAAUCAAACAUUUCUUGGGCCCAACACACUCUGUCCUAUGCACUGUGAUUAGUUUUUAAAUGAUCUCCUGAGCUGACAGCUGUAGAGCGUGUGUUUUUGUGUGUGUGUGUGUAUGUGUGUGUGUAUAUAUAUAUAUGUAUAUUUUACCUAGUGUGACGUAUCGAUAAUGUGUACAUACAAACACUUCCGAAGUGGAAAGAGCUUCCGUUUCAUGCCGGAGCUCCUGUGCCAAAGCCUGGCGGGGCAACGGCUGCCGCUCCGUCCCCUCCGUGGUCUAUGUGAUCUUAGCUAGCUGCGGGGAGAUCUUGCUAGGAGAUGACCAGCCCAGACUGCAGCUUGUGCUCGUUUUCCCAGCCCUCCUUGCUCACCAGAUCCUUUGGCCCAGUCUAAGUGUGCAGGGCUAGAUUCUGCCUGGUGGUUGGCUGGUGUAAACCAAGAGUCUUCCAAUGACUAUGAUGAAGCUACCGCUAACUGACAGCAGAGCAACUGCCGUAAGAGUCUAGAUUAGCGGAGAAGGCUUGGACCUCCUAGGGUGGGAGAGAACGUCCAGCCAAGCUAGAACGGGCCAUCACGUCCUUCUUGCUUUAAGCGUGUAGGCCAGAGGGAAGCGUGUAGGCCAAGGGAAAGGGCCUUGGGCUGCUCCGGCCUUGACUUUUUCCUUGUCUCUCCCUUCAACUCUGUCCCGGACCACCCUCCUCUCUUCAGCUUGCGCACCCUCCCACUUGAAGGCGUGGGGCUGGGUUAGAUGGCACAAUGCAAUGCUGGGAGCUGACCAGGGGAACCCCUGCCGACUGAGUCUGUCCUGUAUAUUUUUACACUGUGAAGACCCCCCUCCCCACAAUUAAUUUAUAAUCUCAAGUGUAAAUUAUUUUCUGAAUGUGGAAUGAAGGUUUGCGCACAAUAUGUUCCAAUAAACUCUUUAACGAA